CUUUUUUAACAGCAGUUCUUCUCGUUUCCUCCUUUCUCACCUUAUCUUCUUCCUCAAACUUUUCUUCUCUUUUAGCUCUUUCCUUUCCUCAACAAUGGCGGAGGAAGUUCAAGGAGAAGGAGAAAACAAGCUAAAUGAAUAUAGCUCUGAUUCUGAAAUUUAUUCAGAUAGUUCAGAAUCCGAGGAGGAGCACGUGUACGACUCUGACGAAUCUUUCAACGGCAAAAUCAAGGAGCUUGAGUCAUGGACUUAUACUCGGCCGGAAGAUACGCCGGAUUGGGAGAAUACUUCGGAAGAGAACUUUCGACGGUUUAGUGAAGUACUCGACAGCAAGAAAGUAAAGCAGAGGCAACGAAUGGACGAUGACAAGUCUGUGGAAGACAUUUUUGAUUUUCCUAACGACCCUGAAAGAUGGAGAGAGGAGGACUUGCAAGAGAUUUGGAUGGAUGCUCCAAUGCAAAUGAUGAAGCCUGGUUGGGAUCCAAUUUGGGCGGAUGAGGAGGAUUGGAAGAUUGUGAGAAAUGAGGUUGAAGAUGGGAAUGAUCCUCCCAUUGCGCCAUUCUAUGUCCCUUACCGGAAACCAUACCCUAUAGUUACAGAUAACAAUCACGAUAUUAGAACUCCUAAAGCAGUGAUCGAAGAAUUAGAUAGGAUUGAGGAGUUUCUCAAUUGGGUUAGCUACAUUUUUCCUGAUGGAAGCUCGUAUGAAGGCACUGUUUGGGAUGAUUUGGCUCAUGGUAAAGGUGUUUACGUUGCUGAACUGGGACUGGUCAGGUAUGAAGGUGAAUGGCUGCAGAACAAUAUGGAGGGUCAUGGGGUCGUUGAGGUUGAUAUUCCUGACAUAGAACCUGUUCCUGGUUCCAAGCUCGAAAAAAAAAUGCGUGCUAGAGGGAAAAUAAUCUCUAGAGAUUUUAUGAGCCCAGAAGACAAAAAGUGGCUGGAAAUGGACAUUGAAGAUAGCAUCCGUCUGGCUGGAGGAAAUUAUGAGAUUCCUUUUUAUGAGAGAGAUGAAUGGAUCAAAUAUUUUGGAAAGAAACCGGAGAAGGGGCGGUACCGUUAUGCUGGUGAAUGGAAGCAUAGCAGGAUGCAUGGAUGUGGAGUAUAUGAAGUUAACGAGCGCACAAUAUGGGGGAGGUUCUAUUUUGGGGAGCUGAUGAAAGAUUCUACUGAUUGUGAUGAGAAGACCUCAGCGCUUCAUGCAGGCUUAGCAGAAGUUGCUGCUGCAAAGGCCCGAAUGUUUGUCAACAAACCUGAUGGAAUGGUUAGAGAAGAGAGAGGUCCAUAUAGUGAUCCACAGCAUCCCUAUUUCUAUGAGGAAGAAGACACGUGGAUGGCACCAGGCUUCAUCAAUCAAUUUUAUGAAGUCCCUGACUAUUGGAAAACAUAUGCGCACGAGGUAGAUCAGGAAAGAGAAAUGUGGUUAAAUUCCUUUUACAAAGCUCCACUGAGAUUGCCGAUGCCUGCAGAACUUGAAUACUGGUGGGAACAAGAUCAUUAUCCCGAGUUCGUUCUCAUCAACAAGGAACCGGAGCCUGAUCCAGAAGAUCCAUCAAAGCUUGUAUACACUGAAGAUCCUCUCAUCCUACACACACCUACAGGACGAAUAAUAAAUUAUAUAGAGGAUGAGGAGUAUGGGGUUCGUAUGUUUUGGCAGCCACCCUUGAAAGAAGGGGAGGAUGUCGACCCAGAGAAGGUCAAGUUUUUACCACUUGGCUUUGAUGAGUUUUAUGGUAGAAAGGUAAUUGAUAAGGAAAAUUCUUCUACGCACUCGGUCUCUUGGCUGAAAAAUGGAUUGAAAUCAAGACUCGAUAGCUUACAAAAAUGGGCUGAAGAGAGAAAGAAAGAUAGUGAACGGGAGAAAGAACUAAUUGAAAAGGAACUUGAAAUGAUAGAAACUGAAAUUUUUAUGGAAGAGACCAUUGAGGAUAUGGAAGAGGAACUGAAAUGGAUAGAGAAAGAGGAAGAUAAGAAAAUGAUGGGUUUGCUUGGUAAAGAUUCUACUUCAUCAACCAACUUAGAGACAAAAGCAUCAGUCGAAGAGGAAGGUGAAGAAGAAAACAAUUACGAUUACGACGACGAUGAGGACGCUGAUGAUGCUCCACCGUCCAGUUUUGGUUCUAUUGCAGCUUAUCAAGACCCAUCAAAGGAUCAGAAGCCAAACAAGCCAAGAGAUUCAUCAUUUUCUACAGCUUCACUACAUUUUGCUUCUAGUACUCCUGUUUCAGGGGUUCCGUCCAGACUGAUUCAAUCCAUUUUUCCCUGGACCAAGGGCAAAUCAUCAUUGAAGGCAUCGCCUUCCGCAUGUGCUAGCCGUGACCACUACUCGGAAUCACUCCAUUCAGUUUAUUUUCCAAGGAUGCCGUGCUCAAAGGGAAGCUUGAAGGCCGUUGUACCAUUCAAAUGGCAGAACAAAUCCAGCAUCCUCCACCCAAGUUGGAAGAAAUUGCAGCUGCGUCCCAGAGCUGAAUCUCAUUCAUAUCAUUUGGUUUCGUUAAAUUCGGACAAGUUUACACUGUGUGAUGAUCAGUUCAACCAAACAGGAGGGUUUAGACACAGCAUAUUGUCUUGGCACACACCAUUAGAUGAUUCGGAGUCGUAUGCAGAUACUACCAAAAGAUAAUCAUUUGUAAAACUCAUUCACUUGAUCUUUAGAAAGCAAUUUUGCAAGAGCUACUUUGUAUCAUUUGUAUUUCUUUAAAUGUACAUCACAUGUCGAUGAAAUGGGUUUUAGUCGAAUAAACUUUGAUUUAACCUUCUUAGUCAAUAUCAUAACCAUUAUGUGGUGUUUGGUUCAUUA